AUGAAUAUAAAGUUAAUUUUCAUAUUUUUAGUGUUACUUGCACAAGGAGCUUUUGGUAUAAAAAUAUAAUAGCAAAAGGUGUUGUAACCAAGGUGACAGAAUGCUAGGCUAAAUGUGAUAAAUAAGUGAAUGGAUGCAUCUACUCAUGUGCUUAAACAUAGUUGCGAUAAUCGUUAGUGACUCAAGAAAGAUGUUAAAAACUAUGUGCAGGAGUAAAUAAGGAAUGCAAAAAUACAAAAUGCUACUUAGAUCCUUGA